AUGUCGCUAGGUGUUGGAAUGUGCCAGCGGUGUAAUGAUGGCUUCACCAUGGAUGAGCAGAUUGUCAACUCUAGUGGGCAGGUCUGGCACACCUAUUGCUUUGUGUGUGCACAGUGCUUCCAGCCUUUUCCUGAUGGUCGGUUUUUUGAGUUUGAAGACAGAAAGUACUGUGAGCAUGACUUCUGUGUACUGUUUGCUCCCAGCUGUGGCAAAUGUGGUGAGUUUAUCAGUGGCCGUGUUAUCAAGGCCAUGAAUGCUUCCUGGCAUCCGGAGUGUUUCCGCUGCUUCGUCUGUGCCAAGGUUCUGGCUGAUGAGGGUUUUGUCAAAAGCCAGACAAGGGCACUGUGCAAGGACUGUAAUGCUAUGGAAAAGGCCAGAGGACUGGGGAAAUAUGUUUGUUUCAAGUGCCAUUCUAUUAUUGAUGGAGGCCAUCUCAAGUGGAAAGGUGAACCCUACCAUCCGUAUCACUUCAACUGCCAUAGCUGUGGGGUUGAGCUGAAGGAAGAUGCUCGCGAGAAAGAUCUGGAGCUAUAUUGCCUGCGUUGCCAUGACAAAAUGGGCAUUCCCAUCUGUGGAGCAUGUAGGAGACCAAUAGAAGAGAGAGUGGUCCAUGCUCUAGGGAAGACUUGGCAUGUUGAGCAUUUUGUGUGUGCCAAGUGUGAGAAGCCAUUCUUGGGAACUCGUCACUACGAGAAGAAAGGCAUGGCCUACUGUGAGAUUCAUUAUCACCAGUUGUUCGGGAACAUCUGUUUUGUAUGCAACAACAUUAUCAAUGGAGAUGUUUUCAGUGCCUUCAACAAGUCUUGGUGCGUCAAUCACUUUGCUUGCUCGAUUUGUGACAAAAAAAUGAGCCAGAAGACUAAGUUCUUUGAGUUUGACCAGAAGCCAGUGUGUAAGAACUGCUAUGACAAGUUUCCUCCUGAGCUGAAGAAGCGGCUGAAGAAAGCAUAUGACGAGGCAGCCAAGAGUGGAAAGGCUGUAUGA